GCACCCAACCCUGCGUCGCCUGCGUGUUGACGUCAGGCGCGUGCCCCUGUCCAGCAGCCGAGGAGACCCCGCGCAGUGCUGCCAACGCCCCGGCGGAGAAGCUGAGGUCAUCAUUGAAUUUGAAAUAUUUAAAGUGGAUACGAAACUGUUUCAGCAAUGCAGACAAUUAAAUGUGUUGUUGUGGGCGAUGGUGCCGUUGGUAAAACCUGUCUCCUGAUAUCCUACACAACAAAUAAAUUUCCAUCGGAGUAUGUACCGACUGUUUUUGACAACUAUGCAGUCACAGUUAUGAUUGGUGGAGAGCCAUAUACUCUUGGACUUUUUGAUACUGCAGGGCAAGAGGAUUAUGACAGAUUACGACCGCUGAGUUAUCCACAAACAGAUGUAUUUCUAGUCUGUUUUUCAGUGGUCUCUCCAUCCUCAUUUGAAAAUGUGAAGGAGAAGUGGGUGCCUGAGAUAACUCACCACUGUCCAAAGACUCCUUUCUUGCUUGUUGGGACCCAAAUUGAUCUCCGAGAUGACCCCUCUACGAUUGAGAAACUUGCCAAGAACAAACAGAAGCCUAUCACUCCAGAGACUGCUGAAAAGCUGGCCCGUGACCUGAAGGCGGUCAAGUAUGUGGAGUGUUCUGCACUCACACAGAAAGGCCUAAAGAAUGUAUUUGACGAAGCGAUAUUGGCUGCCCUGGAGCCUCCAGAACCGAAGAAGACCCGCAGGUGUGUGCUGCUAUGAACAUCUCCAGAGCCCUUUCCGCACAGCUGGUGUCAGCGUCGUACUAAAAGCAAUGUUAAAUCAAACUAAAGAUUGAAAAUUAAAAUUCGUUUUUGCAAUAAUGACAAAUGCCCUGCACCUACCCACAUGCACUCGUGUGAGACAAGGCCCGUAGGUAUGGUCCCCGUCCCCCUCUCAGUACUAGUUAAUUUGAGUAAUUGUGUAUUGUCAGAAAAGCGGUUAGUACUAGUUUUUGUUCUGUCGUUUCAAAAAAAAAAAAAAAAUUUUGUUUUUGUUUUUGUUUAAAAGCAAGGCAUGCUUGUGAUGACUCUGUAACAGACUAAUUUGGGCUGUUGAAGCUGCUCCCGGGCUCCAUCCACUCUGGAGAAUAAUCCGGGACAUUUAGGGGUUUUGUUUUUGUUUUUGUUCUUUUUGUUUUUUUCUUUUUUGGGGGGGGGAGUGUGUGUGGGGUUUGUUUUUAUUUAGUCAUGUUUUUUAAAUUCAGUAACCAUUGGACAGCCCUUAAGGGGAGGAGGAUGGAUUGACUCCACAUUCCACUUCCUAGAUCUAGUUUAGAACACUUGUCCCCCACCUGGUGCUCUUAGGAAGGAGUAUAGUAAAUGCCUCAUUUAAUAACAUACUCCUUUUUGAAAGUUGCCUUUCUCUCCACCCUUGAGUAGGUCUAGUACUUGAUGAAACUCAUGAAAGCGGGUGGAACCUGUCUUGCCCCUCCUCUUUUCUAGGAUGCACUCUAUAUGUGACUGUGACUUUCAAGGAAAUUUGUUUGCCAUUUGCUGAUUUUUUUUUUUUUUGAAGUUAAUUUCUAACUUCGUUCACUGAUAAAUGAAGAAAAGUAUUGCACCUUUUGAAAUACACCAAAUGGAUUGAGUACCUAAUUAAAAAGCGUUUUUUUCCCUGUCA